GAGCCGACUGAAUGUUAAUGAAACCGAGUAGCCUAACUCCAUUUCUCGGAAACUAUUUUUUUUGGAACUGUGAGGAAACUUCCUGCGAAUAGGCUACGGCUUCAUACGAUUUUCUCUAGAAACCUAUUGGAUGGUUUCACUUUUCUCCUCAUUUUCUUUAAUUGUUGAUAGCCUAGCGUCGCCUUUUGUCUCACUCAGGACUGACUUAUUUCUAACGUUUAAGUAAGUUUAUAGCCCACCUGAGAACGAAACUAGUUUUUUUUCGUCACAGAAAAUUCGUUAAGGCAUACACCGGAUAAUCUAUUAAACUACGGAAUAUGGAGUGCUUAAACCUGACGUCGUGACCGUAAAUAGCUUUCCGCCGUUAAGUACUUCUAUAGACCCUGAGGGGUGAAGUUUUCCCAUACUCCUCCACGCUUCCUGUGUGCUCCGAUCUCACCAGGACACGGGGAGCUGUUUGACAGAAGGAGUUUCUGUGUGUGCAGCACAUCGCCUAGUGGGCUCUUGGAACCAUGGGAAUCUGGGUGUUGUGCACUCUGUAUUUUGUCCUCAGCCUCCAGGGGAACCAUGGCAGUGACGCCACGCUUGGGCUGACCAUGCCACAUGCAGUGAAGUUGGACAUAGACUGGGUCAAACUACGCAUAUCUGUCUGCUGGAAACUGGAUCAAUUCCCCACAGUCAACAACCUUACAGAAAGUCUGCUCUUCGACAUCGAGGUCCUCCAAAAUGAAGGUGUUGUGCACAAUGUCACCACAGAGGCAGAUCCACUUUUGAAAAAGGGGCACUGGUGCUGGACUUCACCCACUCCACUGGAGUGCCCCCCACACUCCUACAGAGUUCGGUCCCGACGGCUAGACCACACCAGCCAGUGGAGCCCCAAACUGACUGUAGAUGAGACGGCUGUUCCUUCUCGCAAGCCCGUCCAGGUUUACCCUGUGGAGAAAGUCGUUGCCGUGGGCAGCACCGUUCGUUUCUGCUGCAUUGUGGGAAGGGGCCGUGCGCUGACCGACAUCAGAUACAACGAUGAAGUCGUGAACGCCACUCCGAUCGGCGCCCAGAGCUACAUGGUUGCCCUGCGUAACGUGACAGCCACCAAAAGCUCUGGCAACACCGUGCUCUGCAGCCACAACGACACCAACGCAGACACCACGGGCUCCAAUCUCUUUGUUGGCUACCCCCCUGACGACCACGCCUUGGUUUGUGAAACAGACCUGGAGUCUGUGGAGUGUCACUGGAACCCAGGGCGGCAGACGAAGCUGUAUGGGAAUCGGCGCACAAACUAUACCUUGAACGGAAGGAACUGUUCGCAGGCCAGUCGAGUGAGGAAGCCGUCAUUCCGGUGCAAGCCUUGCGAGGGCCUGUGCGAGAGGAACAGGACCCUGAAGGCCUCGAACCCGCUCGGCAGCCUGGUGCUCACAGACACGGCAGACCUGAAUCACAGAGUGCGCAUGCAGCCUCCUUUCAGAGAGCCAUCAGCUGAGGUGAAUGCUUGGAACGCCAGUGUCCAGUGGAGAUGGGCAGUGAAGGCCUAUGAAAAUCUGCACCUUCUGUGCCAGGUCCAGCUGAUGCACAGCGGGCUCACCAACACAAGUAACUAUACGGGACGCGGGCUGUCAGAGCUGGUACUGCGCGACCUGCAGCCGGGCAGGAAUUACAGCCUGCAGAUUAGAUGUGGGACACAGCAGAAUUUUUGGAAUUGGAGUGACUGGAGUUUCUUCAAAUUCAAGACCAAAGAGGACCGUCCCAGUGCUCUGGAUGUCUGGAUGCAGAUGAACGGCAGCCACUCAGCUCUCAUCCUGUGGAGGCCUCUCUCGGCCAGUGAGAGUCACGGCCGGAUUCGGGGCUACGAGGUGUCCUGGGACAGCUCCCUGAGGGGAAGGCGGAGCUCCAAGCUGCCCCCAGAGAAGCACAGCCUCCUCCUCCAGGACCUGGGACACGGGGUCGUCACGGUUACAGCCUUCAACGGGGCCGGCUCCUCCCCUCCCUCCAGCGUUGGCUUUGCUGAGCUCGCAGGCGGUACAGCCAGUGUUUCCAUAAUCCCUGGCUCCGGCGGCGGCUUCAACCUGUCCUGGCCUGCCAGCGCCAACGCGACCUGCGGGUACGCUGUGGAGUGGAGCCCCGCCCACAGCGGGCGUGGCCGUACGGUGGAGUGGGUGAGGGUGCCAGCUCAACGCACCUGGGCCAGGAUUCCACCUGAGUGCUUCACAGCAGGGCUGAAGUACUCACUGUCCAUCUACAACUGCAGUCAGGGCAUCUUGGAGCUGCUGGCCAGGAGGGAGGAGUACAGUGAGGAGAGGGCCCCUGACCAGCCAGUGCAGAAUCUGGAGGUGAAGCAGAGUGGGUCCGAAGUGCGGCUCCGCUGGGACGAGGUUCCCCUGGAGGGUCAGCGGGGGCUCAUCCGCGGAUAUUCGGUCCAUUGGGCCUCCGCUUCGGGCCUGGUCUCAGAGAACAUCACAGACCCAGAGGCGAGAGGCUACACCGUGAGAAACCUGCCCCUGGGUCACUACACCUUCACAGUGAGGGCCUUCACAGCGGCGGGGGAGGGGAGCGGCGCUGUGGUCUCUAUUCAGCUCAGCCCUUACUCUGAUUCGCUGAUCUCCGUAAUGCUCAUUUCCCUGGGUACAAUGGCCUGUGUCCUCAUCCUCACCACUGUAACCUGCUACCGCAAGAGGAAAUGGAUGAAGGAGAAGUUCUACUCUGACAUUCCCCGGCCAAAGCUGUCCCAUAACUGGGCAACAACACCAAUUUUAAGCUACCAGGGGAUGGAACCCAUGCACAUCCCCUAUGACAGCAUUGAAAUAAUGUCGCACCUGGCUGAGAAUUCGGGAGUAGAUCAUGGUGAGGAGAAAGGGGGGUGUUGGUUCCCACCUGACACAGACUCCAGCUGCCCCCCCUACAUCGGGUGCUACCAGCAGGCACCGGGCAGGAGGUCCUAUGGGUGUGUCCCCCCGGCCCCCCCGGCCCCCCCUGCCCCCUCCCUGGAGACCAGGCGCACAGGGGUCACCUACACAGCGGUGUGUACCCCUCUGAUGCCCACACAGGGUGUCCCACCCCCUGAGGAGUACAAGCCCCAGAUUUCAGCACCCCCGCAUGCCCUCCCGCUGUGGGCGGACGAUGGCUACCAGCCCCACCCCCCCCGCUGCCCCGGGUCUCCGGGGGUCGAAAGCCUCGACCCGUCUCUGGACACGCCCACGUCUGCCAACUCCUUCACGUUCCUGUUGGGCGGGGCUGCGUCUGUGGGACGUCCUGAGCAGACCUGCACCCUUCCCUCCCCUGUGGAGCUGAACGGGGUCCUCCCCUACAGGAACUACACUAAUCCCUCCUACAUGCUCACAGACACAUCCCUCUAACCCCACCCACUGUUCCACAGGCCACACCCACAGGCAAACUGCUUCCUCCCUCAUAAUGCUAACCCCACCCUCUGUUCAACAGGCCACACCCACAGAUAGCUCCUGGCCAAUCACGCGCUCGCCUGCUCGGCUCCUGGCCAAUCACGCACUGCCCUACUGGGCUUCUGGCCAGUCAGCAAGAAGCCAGAAUAAACUGCAAGAGUAAAUAUGAGUAAAAUAGGCAUUAUAAAACUCAAGUUAAUUACAUGUUUCUUUGUGGGAAAUUUGUGCAGGCCAGUGUUCACAGUGCACUGUUUACUGAAAGUAAUGAAAUUAAAUAGUAGGAUUUAUUAUUUAUUACAUUAUAAUCACUUGGCAUUAUUUUAUUGUUAUUAUGGCAUUAUUUUUCUAGCAGUGGAGCGCAUCAGUGUUACCUUUCCCUCAGAAAUACAAGAAAUGGCCAAAGUGUCAGGGAGGUUCAUUUAUAAUCAAUAAGUGUAAAAUUAACAUAAGAAACAGCAUUUUGUAUUUGUAACAGAAGCGGUUUGACAAGACAGAUAGCUUUAUGUCUUUUGCUUUCAGUGUUCAGUUAGGAGGUUCUUCAGGUAUCUCCUGGUCAUUCAGGUAUCUCCUGGUUGUUCAGGUAUCUCCAGGUUGUUCAGGUAUCUCCAGGUUGUUCAGGUAUCUCCUGGUGCAUGUGAAGCACUUGUCUCUGCAAUAUUCGCACAUCUGUCAGACACUGUUUUAGUUCAUGUGCGCCUUGGUCUUGGUCUGUGUGUGUGCCUGUCUUAUGUUUGACACCUCAGCCAUCACUGGAUCAGUAUGUGUGUGUGUCUGUGUCUUACCUUAUGAUUGACAGCUCGUGUGUGUGUGUGUCUGUGUCUUACCUUAUGAGUGACAGAAGAGCUGCCUGCCCCAGGAGAGGUGUAAUGUGUGUUUGAGAGUACAGGUUGGUCAUGUUUUAACCUGACCUGAUAUUUUAUUUCUCUGAACCUUUGUAUGUGAACGUACUUUCGUAAUUCCAACUUCGCUAAGUUUCUCUGAACAAAGAUGAUGAAACAUCCAUUUAAACUUGAGCAAUUUUAUUUUGUGAUAUUACAGCAUAAUGCGUAUUUGAGUCGGUUAUAAGUAUGAAAAAUAUCAAAGUUGAUCGAGAAUGUUGUUGUACUGAUAUUCCAGGUGCCAUUAACUGUCCAUUCACUAUGUAGCAUGUAUUAGAGUUGUUUUAUUCUUAAUACCUCUGAAAUCACUCUGCUGCUUAUAUGCUGGAUGUGUCCAGGCUUGGUCUUGAAAAGGGUGCAGGUUUUUGUUUUAUCCCAGCAGUGUCCCCUCAUUCAACUAAUAAACACAACCUUGAUGACUAAAAUCAGACGUCUUAGCACCCCCACCGGCCCUGCUCGGAUAUGAUUGGCUCUGCUGUGCACCCCCACCGGCCCUGCUCGGAUAUGAUUGGACACUGCUGUGCACCCACACCGGCCCUGCUCGGAUAUGAUUGGACACUGCUGUGUACCCCCACCAGCCCUGCUCAGAUAUCAUUGGACACUGCUGUGUACCCCCACCAGCCCUGCUCAGAUACCUUUGGGCACUGCUGUGUACCCCCACCAGCACUGCUCAGAUAUCAUUGGACACUGCUGUGCACCCCCACCAGGCCUGCUUAUAUAUGAUUGGACACUGCUGCUCAGGUCUGAUUCCUUGCGACGCACCCGUAGGUCAUAGGUCACGUGUAAAUGUAGCUCAUCCUUCAUCUGCAGCAGCAUGCUUCUGUGAGUCCAACAUGUAUCAGCGUGUUACUGUGGUAUGUGUUUCACACUUGUAUGAGCAUCUUACUGUGGAAUUAGUGAAACAUGUAUGAACAUAUUCAAUUUCCCACAUCCAAAUGCAUGACCAAAAUUGAGCCCAUGGUGUUGGUGUGCUGAAGUUUACUCUUCUCCAGAUGUGAGGAACAUUCUCUGGACAUGGUAGCUGUACUACUACAGCAUAACCACUAGGUGUCAGUAGAGUAUUAAGGAAAAACAAUUUUAUCCAAAUCGUUCUGUGAUCUGGAAAUAUAUUUGGAAAAGUAUCAGUAUAAGUAGAAGUAGGGUGAGAUGACAGGGUAUGAUGUCAAAGUAACCAGCACCAAGCAAACAUUGUGAAUAUUCAUUUCCUGUUUUGAAUUUGUAUUAUUCUACAAUUCAGGAUGUGUAGUUCAUAUGUAUGUACAAACCUUUUAAAAUGA